AGAGAGCAUAACAGAACUGUUUGUUAUUUAAUCCCUUUGUUCCACUUCUCUUAAAAGAUUUAUCUUUACUUUUUGUACACAACAGAUAUACAACACGAAAACAUCAACCUGCUCAGCAUGAGCCAUCACUCUUCAUGGAGAGGGCAUCACUGUGCCCCUGGAGACAUCAACUGCACCGCAGGCUUUAAGGAAUCUUUGGGAAGCAGAAACUACAAGUUGCUCCAUGUGCCUGUCCAUGGGCCAACCCACAGCCACCACCAUGAUCCUCCACACCCUUUCCCCACCGUGGAUGUUCCGGAUCAUGCCCACUACAUCAUCGGCUCUGUUAUCUUAAUAGUCGGCAUCACCGGAGUGAUUGGAAAUGCACUGGUGGUCUAUGUAUUCUGCCGGAGCCGUACUCUUCGCACCGCUGGAAACAUGUUUAUAGUGAACCUAGCUGUGGCUGAUUUCUUAAUGUCCGUCACCCAGUCUCCUGUGUUCUUUGCAGCCAGUUUACACAGGCGCUGGGUAUUUGGCGAGCGCCCUUGCGAGCUCUACGCCUUCUGCGGUGCCCUCUUUGGAAUCUGCUCCAUGAUGACUUUGACCGCUAUCGCUGCUGAUCGUUGUCUCGCCAUAACUCAGCCUCUCGCCCUAGUAAGCAGAGUUAGCCGACGCAAAGCUGGAGCUGUGUUGGUCGUUGUGUGGCUCUACUCCCUGGGUUGGAGCCUUCCGCCUUUCUUUGGCUGGAGUGCUUAUGUCCCUGAGGGGCUUCAGACGUCUUGUUCUUGGGAUUACAUGACCUUCACCCCAUCAGUGCGUGCGUACACCAUCCUCCUCUUUGUUUUUGUAUUCUUCAUCCCACUAGGCAUUAUAGGCAGCUGCUACUUCGCAAUUUUUCAAACAAUCCGAGCAGCGGGGAAGGAAAUUCGAGAGCUGGAUUGCGGGGAAACGCACAAGGUGUAUGAACGCAUGCAGAACGAAUGGAAGAUGGCGAAAGUCGCUCUUGUAGUCAUUGUGCUUUUUAUUAUAUCCUGGUCGCCCUAUUCUGUGGUGGCUCUCACCGCUACGGCUGGUUAUUCCCAUUUCCUGACUCCCUAUAUGAAUUCAGUACCUGCUGUGAUUGCCAAGGCUUCAGCCAUCCAUAAUCCAAUCAUCUACGCCAUUACGCAUCCAAAGUAUCGUGUGGCUAUCGCCCGUUACAUUCCGGUACUUCGUCCCAUCUUGCGUGUGAAAGAGAAGGACCUUCGUUCCUCUUUUAGCUCUGGCAGUGUUAGUUCUCGUCGUCCAACCCUCACCAGUCAGUGCUCUUUGGGGGUUAGCAUGGGCAAUGCUGCACGAGCUAAUGGCCGCUGGGGGAAGACGCGAUUGUCUUCUGCCUCUGAUAGUGAUUCUUGCUGGACUGAGAGUGAGGCCGAUGGUUCCAGUGUCAGUUCCCUGACCUUCGGUCGUCGUGUUUCCACAGAAAUCUCUACAGAUACUGUCAUUCUCUCAUCUGGAUCAAGUGUUAGCAAUGCUAGUGGGCAGAAAUCUGAGAGGGCACACAAAGUUAUAAGUGUACCAGUGCCGUCUAUUACUUUUGAAACGGAUGCAGCAGACGGGGAAUCUCUGUCUGAUGGGAAGGCUUUGCUUGGAGGGAACUAAAGAAAUGAUACUGCACUUCGUUUGAUUCUAAUUUCCUUAGUAGUAGAAACAGUAGUACUAUUAAUAGUAGUACUAUUAUUUUUGAUUCUGAAUAUAUAAUCUUAUAUUUUUCUUCACUCUGCACGUUGUAAGUAAAGCCCUGGUCAGAUCACACAAAAUUGUUGCGACUUCCUUGAUGUAGGGUCUCGUGGGGAUUCUAAAUGACAAAUAGGCGUUGUGACUCAAGAUUUAACCGUUUCUCUUGCGUAAUGUUGCAUAGUUCACGACAACUGAUACAUGCCUGCAACGCCUUACAACACAGAAAGUCUAGCAUGUUUAAUUUUUUCUCAUUCUUUAUGACGAGUUCUGUCACGUAGAUGACACUGCAAUAAGACCACAUCAUUUCUUGUUUAUAUCAGUGGGUGCUGCCGUUAAUGCGCCGAUAAGGUAAUCAAAAAAUAGACUGCAUAUUUACUUAUGAGUGGGUCACGGGUGGAUAAGAUCAAUCGUUAUUGGUUAUGCAAACGUUAACUACCUUUUCUAAAAUAUUAAGGUGUUUUAAGCAAUUUUAUCUGACAAACUGGCACAAUUAUGCAGACUUCUUCAUUCUCACAACGAGUUUCUGAGUUCUCUCAUCCUUCCAACAAACUUUGUUCUUCCGAGGUAAUCUGGAAACAUGUUUAUCUGCGAAUACAUUGUAAAAGCAUUUCCUGCUUAUUCAAAUUUGUCAUUAACAGUGAAAACAGUUUAAUAUAGGUUUCUCUAAAACUGUGAAUAUUUCACUUUAAUUUUAUUUAGGCUAGAUUAUUAUUUUAUUUAACAAACCAACACAAUAUCACGGCAAUUCAUGUUUUGAAGCGCUUCACCUCAGAUGUCAUUUGUUAUUCUUGUUUAUAGAUAACUGACCGACAAAAGAUUAUUAAAAACAUUAAAAUUAUAGCAAACGAAAUUAGUUUCAAAAAGAUUUUUUUUUCAAGAAAAAUAUACAAAUUAUAUUUUUGUUUGUGCUCUCCACUACUCAACUAUACGGGUGGAUGAUUUGUUUCACUCUGAGGAAAAUAAGGAUUUAAUGAAGGCUUUACUGUGAUUGUAUCACAUAUUUGCUAAUGGGGUGUCACGGUGGCGCAGUGGGUAGCACAAUCGCCUCACAGCAAGAUGGUUACUGGUUUAAGCACCCGCUGGGUCAGUUGGCAUUUCUGUGUGGAGUUUGCAUGUUCCUCCUGUAGUGUAUAUGUGUGUGAAUGAGAGUGUAUGGGUGUUUCCCAGUGAUUGGUUGCAGCUGGAAGGGCAUCCGUUGCGUAAAACAUAUGCUGGAUAAUUUGGCGGUUCAUUCCGCUGUGGUGACCCCUGAUUAAUAAAAAAAUGUGUGAUUUGACCUGGGCUUAUCUUGUAACUUGGUAGUUUUUUUUCAAUUAGUGUAGGAUUUUUCUUUCAUCAAAUGUAUAAAUUUGUUUAUUUGUUUCUAUGCAAUAAAAUCGGAAUAAUCUAGAUGUAUUUCAAAUAUUUAAAAAUUCUUGUUUGUAUUUCAAUAGUUUGAUUAAUGUAUGUAAAUGUUUGACAUAAUAUUUAUUUAAAUAAAACAGCACACAAAUA